GCGGCGCGUCAUUGGGCGGCAGGAGCGAGGGCCGCGGCGCGGCGGCCCGCCCCUCGGCUCCGGGCUAGGCUGCGACGGGAGGGUCCUCGGCUAAAGCCAAAAGCGGAUCAAAGUGGUGGGACUCGCGCCGCGGCCGCGGAGACGUGAAGGCCGUCCGCACGCCUCCUCGCGAUCCGGGUCGGUGCUCGCCCUCGCCCUCGCCCUUGCCCUCGCUCUCCUCUCCGCGUCCCCAUGGAGAAGACGGAGCUGAUCCAGAAGGCGAAGCUGGCCGAACAGGCCGAGCGCUACGACGACAUGGCCACCUGCAUGAAGGCCGUGACCGAGCAGGGCGCCGAGCUGUCCAACGAGGAGCGCAACCUGCUCUCGGUGGCCUACAAGAACGUGGUCGGCGGCCGCAGGUCCGCCUGGAGGGUCAUCUCGAGCAUCGAGCAGAAAACCGACACCUCGGACAAGAAGUUGCAGCUGAUUAAGGACUAUCGGGAGAAAGUGGAGUCCGAGCUGAGGUCCAUCUGCACCACGGUGCUGGAAUUGUUGGAUAAGUAUUUAAUAGCCAAUGCAACUAAUCCAGAGAGUAAGGUCUUCUAUCUGAAAAUGAAGGGAGAUUACUUCCGGUACCUUGCUGAAGUUGCAUGUGGUGACGAUCGAAAGCAAACGAUAGAUAAUUCCCAAGGAGCUUACCAAGAAGCUUUUGAUAUAAGCAAGAAAGAGAUGCAGCCCACGCACCCAAUCCGCCUGGGGCUGGCUCUUAACUUUUCUGUAUUUUACUAUGAGAUCCUUAAUAACCCAGAGCUUGCCUGCACACUGGCUAAAACGGCUUUUGAUGAGGCCAUCGCAGAACUUGACACACUGAAUGAAGAUUCCUACAAAGACAGCACCCUCAUCAUGCAGUUGCUUAGAGACAACCUAACAUUAUGGACAUCAGACAGUGCAGGAGAAGAAUGUGAUGCGGCAGAAGGGGCAGAAAACUAAAUGCAUACAGGGUGGUCAUCCUUCCCCUCAAGAAACCUUUUUACUCAUCUCCAUUCCUUAUUCCAUUUGGAUUUCCUAUAGCAAAGAACCCACUCAUGUGUAUGGAAUCAACUGUUUAUAGUCUUUUCACACUGCAGCUUUGGGAAAAACUCCAUUCCUUGAUUUUGUGUUUGUCUUGGCCUUCCUGGUGUGCAGUUACUGCUGUAGAAAAGUAUUAAUAGCUUCAUUUCAUAUAAACACAAGUAACUUCCAAACACUUCUGUAGAGGACUAAAAAUGUAUCUGGUAUUGAAGUAAUCUGAACCAGUUCUGCAAGUGACUGUGUUUUGUAUUACUGUGAAGAUAUGAAAAUGUAGUCAUUACAAUUUACAAAGUGUUCUGCAUAACUUCCUAAUUUCUACAUUCCCUCCUUCCCUCUUCAGGGGUUUACUUUCCGUAAGCAACUUUUCCAUGCUCUUAAUGUAUUCCUUUUUGAUAGGAAUCUAGAAGUAUUCGAUUGAAUGGAAAAGCAUUUGGCAUUUCUGCGCUGGGGGUCACAAAUUAAAAUGCCUCCUGUAUCAUAUAUGACGGAGGUCUUGUGUAUCUGUGACAACAGGAGGUUUCCUUAUUCAUUCUUCAUUUGCUGCUGUUUAAGUUGACAACUUCCCUUCCCAAUAAAAAUUCACUUACACCUUC